CCGCCCACAGCUGGUCUGGUCUCACAGUCUCACCUCACAGUUGUUUUGUUGGGAAAAAAUAAACAAUAAUUUAGCUGGCCGUUGUGCGCGAAAAUAAAGUGGAAAUUAUGCGAAUCUCGACAGCGAAAGGGCAACGCGAUGCUGGCAAUGAAAGUGUAGGCGUGGCCUUUUCGGUUUUUCCAGCUUUUCCGCAUUCGUGCACCUGUGCUGGCAUUUACACCGAUUUUUUCGCCUGUGGAGCUGCAAUGGCGACCGAGCUGAGAACGAUCAAUUCCGGUAAAUAGAAAGCAAUCAAGGAUAAAGAGGGUUGAGGAGAGUGAAGAGGAAGAGAGCAGCAGUACGUGGUUGCAGUCGAAAAUAUCGAAAAAGAACCGUUUUACCCGUUAUAGAAGAGUUCAUAAAAGCGAAUAAGAGUGUGAAAAGGCACUGAAAAGUGGCAUAGCUUCGGUUAUAUAAAAAGUUUAUAUAUAAAUCAAGUGCCACGGAAAUGCAGUCUUGCAAAAAUCAAAAAUAAAUCAAUGAUAUAGACGCGAAAUCCAGUAAAAAGAAGAAGCAGCAGCAACACAGCUGAGUGCGUGUGUAGGCGCUGUUUUCAAGUGUGAGUGUCUGUUGUGAGCAAGUGAAAUCAAUAAUAUUUGCAGCCAAAAAAUUAAGAAACUGCAAAAAUGUCGAAAAAUCUAAUUGAGGCAACAAAUUAGCACAGCCAUAAAUCCAGGCUGCACUGUGCGAAAAUUGUGCCUUUUAACGGAUCUUCUGCUGCAAAGCAAAAGAAGCAAAAAGCAAACAAUAAUGGAAUUUUAACAUAGUUUUGAAAGUGUACUUCUGGUGCAAGAAGCAGCAGCAGCAGCAGCAAUAGCUUGAGGAAUCGGAACCGGAACCGGAAACAGCUCCAGAUCCAGAUCCAGCGGAAAGGCAACCGACCAACCGACCGACCGACCGACCGACCAUGAUACCCACCAGCGUUACCAACUCCCCACCGCCAGCGGGAUUGGGCCAAAACGGAGCAGCCGCCUCCUUGAGCUCGGCAACGGCGUCGGCAGGUGGCGGAUUGCUAACCGCCUUGGGGAUGGUGGGAAUCCCGGGUGGCAUGUCCACAGGAACAGCGGGAGUAGGAACAGGAGCAGGAGGAGCAGCAGGAGCAGGAGCUCAGAACAACUACAGCUCGGUGGUCCUGGGCCUCGCCUCUCUAAUCCUCGAGGGCAGGCCAAUCGCAGACGAUGAGUAUCAGCAGCAGCAGCAGCCGGUCGGAUCAGGAUCCCCGGGAGCUGGAGGAGUCUCUGCGGGCGGUGGACGCCUCUCGCCGCGACCCUCUACCUCGAGGGCAGCCAUUAACAUCACAACGAAUCCCUAUGGUUCCAUGGGAGGAUCGGAAAACAGAGCUGCUGGCAAUGGGAAUGGGAAUGGAUCGGCAGGUUCGCCCAGCGGCAGCAGCAGCACCACCAGUUCCCUGACCCACCAGCGCUGGACGCAGAAGCUCUGCCAACUGCGCCAGAUUUCCCCGGCUGCCCAGGCGAUGAGUGCCGAACCCGAGUUGGUUUCACUGGCCAUCAGCGAUCCCAACAAGGAUCACGGCGACUACGAGAUUGUGCGGAGGGUAAUGCUCAAUCGAGCUGGUGGUGGAACGAUUGGUAAUCCCGGUGGUGGUGGUGGUGGUGGUACCAACAACUCUAGUGCCGCCAGCUCACCGGGCUCCAAUUCAUCGGACAACAUCCUCCACUCGCUGCAAUCGCUGGCCACCACCUGUUUGAGGGGCGGACCAGCUCUAGUGCCGCCACCUGUUGAGCCACGCCCCCUGAACUUGGCCUUUUUGUGGUCAGGAGGAUCCGGGGGAAAUGGUGGCAGGGGAUUGGGAUUCGGAGGAGGCGGAGGAGGAGUAGCUGCAGCUAGCAUUAGCACCACAACAACAACUGCCAGCAGCGGAGCAAGUAGCUCCGCAUCGCGGCCCAAACACGGGCCGCACUGUGAUCAGUUCCUCAGGAAGAUGGGUCUGGCCAAGGGCGAGACGCCAUCGGAGGCUGAGGAGCACAUCUGUGAUAUGUCCUACGUGAAUAUGACCUGCAAUCGUUGGCGGGCGUACUGCAUGAAAAUGGAGGCCAUCCUGGCCAGACGCGAACCCGUUUGCAUAGAGGUUUACCUGGGUCCUGUGAGCCACAAACUGUUGCUGGAGCAAUGGAUCAUCAGCGGCAAGGAAAAAGUUCCUCCGCCCACGAUGACGUUGCCUUCGCUGUGCAGCGCCAUCCGCAGUCAGUUGUACUUCUCGCAGAUCGUCGCCUGGUGUGAUCUCCUCCGCAAAUGCGAUCCUUCGGUCUAUGACAGUGGUCGCGUGAUCUUCUCCAAUUGCGGCAACAAUGCGGGCGACUUGGCCACCAGCUAUGCACCCAGUGGCGGUGGCCAGAAGCGACCGCGUCUGAACAUCUUCUACAGGAUCAAGCAGCACAGCAUCGGGAACAAUGGUGGACUGCACCAGGAGGAUGGCUUCAGUGCCAAGGCCAAUGUGCACAAUUUUCCCAACGUCAAUGUCUCGGAGAGCUACAGCAUCUCGGUGAGCGUGCGUAGUUUGCCGAGGAUAAACGGUGGCCUGCCGCAUGUGGAGCCACUGCCACCUAGUCCUGCUCCACGGAGCUUGAGAUCCUGUGGAGGAGAUCCGGCGAGCACGCCCACUGGCGGCGGUGGGUUACAUGCGGCCACGCCGACUGGCCUGGGUGCCAGGAUCAGUGCACUCACCCCAACGACGACCACAACGGCCAGCGGCUCCAACUGUGAUAAUGGAAAACCAGGAAUGGGUCAGGGAUUGGACGAUCUCGACGGGGAUUCGAGUUUGAGUCAUCGCGAGCGGCAGCUGCAGAAGUAUCGCAAGCGAAUGCAGCGGAGAGAUAAGAAGAGGGAGAGGAAAUCCACGCCGGAAAGGGGUGGCAAUCAUCCCCAGCAGCAGACCGAGGAGCCGAUGGAGGAGGGCGAGGAGUCGCCAUCCCCGUCACAAUCUCAGACGCCGUCGGAGAGCCAAUCCCUGGCCUUCACCCUGCAGCAACCCAGGCGCAUCGCCAUGAUCUCCACGGGCACGCAGACCUCGCUGAGCAGCUGCCAGCAGUGCGGCAGCGAGAAGACGCUGCUCUGUCUCAGCUGCACGGGUGGCGCCGAGGAAUCCCCCAAAGGAGCAGCCAAUGGAGCUGUUAAGAAACCAAGCAAUCGAUCGGCAAAUGGCUGCUCUCCUCCGGAGAAUGCAGAUGACGACGGGGAUACAUCGGCCUCCGAAAUGGAGGAGACCUCCACCUGCAGCCUCAGCAGCGGCGAUCUCAUCGUGGGCACACCGCGCAACAAGGCGGAGCUCCUGCUGCAGGCCAUCCAGCGCACCCCAAAGAACCGCACGCGGAAGCCCCAUCAGGCGGUGGAUUCAACUGCUGCCGCUGGUGGCGCCUCCUCCUGUCGCAACUCAGAUCUCAACGGUGGCGGGCAGAACAACAACCAGCUGAAGGCCACGCCCGCCAGCAGCAGCAGCGGAUGUCAGGUGUGCAAGCGCCAGAAGACGCAGCACAACUUUGCCAAUGGCAAGGACCAUCAACCCACCAAUGGAGCAGAGCUCUCUGCCAAUGGCUUUGACAGCACGCCAAGGGAUUCCGAGAAGCCCAAGGAGGUUCAGAUCACCUCCACCAAGCUGACGCCCAACCUCGAACGCUGCUCCCUGAAUCCCGCAGAGCGCUGCAAGACACCACCGCCCGGUGUGGCCGACCACAUAGUGGUGCAAUUCAAGACGCCUCUGAGCCAAGUGCCAGUGAAACCUCAACCGGAUGCAAUGGUGCCGCUGCAGCAAAGCAAAUCCUCUCCGAAGCCAAGUCAACUGCGAUUGAUUUGCGGCAGCGGAGUGCUGGAGAGCGAAACUCCGCCACCCACUGUGUCGCCGCAAAUGCGAAAGGCUCUGCCCAAGGUGAACCUGACGACGAUCUUCUGCAGCUCGGCUCCCAUUGCCAUUGGCUGUCCAGCCUUUAGCUUCGAUCCGGCCACCCUGAGCCACGCCCAUUCGCAGCUGCUGGCACCGGAGGCGAGUGCCACGCCGCCCGUGCAGAAAUCCUUCUCGGCUCCCACUUUGCCGCAUGCCGCUUCUCUGUCCGUUUCGCCCAGAUUCAGCAAACAGGCGCUGGCCGCCCACAAGCGGCGUUCUCGCCACUUGAGCGAUCGCAGCGAUCGGAGUUCUCUGGGCUCCGACGAACAGUUGUCGGACGAGGAUUUGGAGUCGGGACUGUGCAGUCCAGCCGGUGGAUCGCCGUUGAAAUGUCGCGCCAGAUUGGCGGCUCAUUUUGGGGGACGUCCUCUGCUGGGAAAUCUGGAGGAGUCGCUGCUGCAGCGGCGGCUCAUGCCCAAGAUCGAGGUGCUGGGCUUCAAGCUGCAGUUGGGCGCCUCCGGAGUGUUCUGUCCCACCCAGCUGACCAUACCGGCGGUUUCCUACUUCUACGAGCUGCAUGGCGAAACUCUGAGCACGCCUUACUUGUGCGAGAUUCGUUUGCCGCGCAAGGGUUAUUCGGUUCCGCGAACGGGCACAGUGCAGGCCACCUUGCUGAAUCCCAUGGGCACGGUGGUGCGGAUGUUUGUGAUACCCUACGACAUGCGGGACAUGCCGCCGCUGCACCGCACCUUCAUCCGGCAGCGCAUACUGGCCGAGGAGCUCGGCCAGGAGCAGCAGGAGGAUGGGCCAAAGAUGCCGAGGAGUCCCACGGUUACCAGCACCACCAGCAAACUGGGCCACUUCAUCAGUGCCGAGCAGAUGAAGCGGCUGCGCUACUCCAUACACCUGAGGUUCCAGACAUCUCGCUCCGGACGAUUGUGCCUGCAUACGGACAUCCGGCUGCUGAUCUCACGCCGCACCGAUUGCGAUACGGCGGCUGCCCAUGCCAAGGGCGUUCUGGAGGCACCCAACGAACUGGUGACGGACACCAUGAUGCCCGCCGAGCCGCGCUACAGUGCGCGACAGGAGAGCGCCGGCCGGAUUUAGUAGCUACUGCGAGCUUUGGGCGGCACCAUCGAGCUGCUGCGCCGCCUAUGCAAGCAGCUCCAGGAGAAGUGGCAGCAGCGCGAGACGCGGGAUCUACGGCAAUGGCCCAGAUACCAAUUGUAGGAGGAGGAAGCAGAGGAGGAGGAGGAGCAGGAAGAGCAGGCAGAGGCGGAUGGCAGGAGGCGAAAGAAACUCCUGUGUUUGUGUGUGUAGGACAACCAACCAACUGCUUUACUAGUUAUCGUUUAAUCUAUCCCUAAGCUUAGUUUCUUUUGAAUUCUUUAUUCAAUUUCUUAGUUUUUUUUUUCUUUGGUAUUCCACCUCGCGGGAGGUUCUAUUAUUCGAUUAGUUUUGAAUUUGAAUUACUGGAGAAAUGUGUGUGAAAAAAAAACAUUGCGAAAGUAAAAUGUUGAAUAUGAUGAAAGCAAUCGAAUCGGUCGGUCAGUCGGACGGGCGAACCAAAAACUAACGGUAUCCGUAACUCUAACUGUAUCUGUAACUGUAUCUUUGGGGGUCCACAAACAAGAAGAAGAAAAGAAGCGAGCGGAGCAAUUAGCAAUACUGAAUGAAAAAAUAAGAAAGAAAAACUAUGCAAUGUGUGAGUGUGAAAACGCAAGGGAGUAACUACGUAUAUAGGGCAGUCAUGCAGAUAUCACAUACAAUAUAUAUAUAUAUAUAUAUUUAAAUAUAUAUUUAUGUACCAUAUGUAUAAUCGUCAUGUAGCGUCAGCAAUUUUAAAGGCAAUUCUGUGGAUGAUUAACGAUUUGCAGUAGGUUUUUGGAAAAAGGAAGAGAAGAAUGGUUGAUGAUAAAAGGUGCGCUCAUAUCGAUCGUUGUUGUUAGUGUGUAGUGUGUUUUAACCGCAGAAAUUUGAAAAGAAAAAAAUCCUUUUGUUGAGUGCAAGUUUGAAAUGAAUUUAACUCCUCGUUUCGGUUUUGGUUUUGUAUUUCCGUUCUGAGAGUGUCUAUUAAGCGUGCCUGUGAUACGAUAUGAGCUGCAUGCGGGGGGUAUUUCUAAUAGAGUUUUUAGUUAAAUACAAUUGACGAUCACAUUUUUGUCGUUUUCCCUUUUUUUUUGUUUACAAACUACUGAAUAGUUUCCCUGUUUUGAUUUCCAUAUGCAAUAAGUGCUUGAAGUUUAUUUGCACGCCAUGCAAUCCGGGGGAUUUUAUAGAGAUCACCCGGUCAACUUCAAGCACAUCUGUACUUCAAUAAUACGAACUACUAUACGGAUCUAGAUGUGUUGAAUUCUAACCAAAUUCUUAUUUUCCAAUUGAUACCUGACUAUAACUAUUGUAUAACAACGUACUACACAGCUAUUAACAAAUUUUCAAUCUAGGUGGUAUGAAAAACAAAUAAACAUUACAUUUAGAAAACAAAAACAACAAAAAAAUAAAGAGAAAAACUCGAAAAAAAACCAAGCGAAACAAUAAAGCAAAGUCGAUGGGAAAAUGAAUUGGACCCGUCGACUAGGAAUCAUACAAUUUACUUUGUUCAAUUUGUUUUAAGUAGAGAGCUUAAUGUGCGCUGUCAAUAGCAAUUAUAUGUGUAACAAUAACACCAAUAUACAAUACAAUGAUUCAAUAAAGGGAA